AUGGCUACGCUCGUCGUAUUUGGUUCAUCGUGUCUCGCCGUCCCUGUUCCUGAGGACGUAACUACGGUGGAGGUUCCAGGUCCAGCCACUCAGUCGGUUCCUGGUAUUCCUCAUCCCCCACUUCCUACCGUGUUGGUCCAUUCUACAAAGUCAUUCGGAAGUUUCGCGCUAUCAAAGACAUCGACCGCGGCAUCGACUCCGGGGCCAGUAGGAAAGAGGACGUGGGACGAUCACCCUUAUGGACCUCCACAUGGUCAUCAUUAUUUCCAUCACGGUCCUCAUCACUCUCCCGCUGGGCCGGAGCCGGUUACUGCAGCCCCGUCUCCCUCUUCUUCUCCAUCUUGGGCGAGUACCUUGCCGUCUAGAACUUCUUCUGGAAGUGCUCACGGAGCCAAGUCUACGUCAAACGGAAAUAACAACGGCAACGGCAACGGCAACGGCAACGGCAACUGGAAUAGCGGCGACGACAGUGGUAACAAAAAUGGUAAAGGCAAAGGCAAUGGGAAUGGGAAUGGGAACGGCAACGGCUCUCCACAGGGUACUGCCUAUGUCAAGAACGCGUGCCCCUUCACCGUCAUGAGCAACAUUGUCCACGGGGCCAGCGCAGAGUCGCACGAGGCUCCCGAGGAAAUAUACUCCUCGAUCGCGCCCGGGCAAACGCUCUCCCACCCCUUCUCGCACGACCCGAACACGGGCGUCAGCUGGAAAAUCUGGCGGACCGACGUCUCCAACCAGGCGCCCGUCCAGUUUGAAUACACGUGGAUCCCGGACGCCAAACGCACGUGGUGGGAUCUCAGCAUGAUCGACGCCGGGCGUGUCGAUUGGCUCGAAUCCAAAAACGCCGGCAAGGCCAUUGUCGGCGAUCAAGAUGGCUACGGGGCGUACGUGGGCCGGGUGGGCGUGAAGCACGCCUUUGUCAACGAGGGCAUGUCGCUGGUCCCCAGCGCGCAACAGGGGAUAUGUGAGGCGGUGGUGUGCCGGCCCGGAGAGCAGUUUUGUAAGACGGCAUAUAACGUCUGGAACGACUGGGGUCAACAGAGGGAUUGCCAUGAGAGCGUGGAUUUGACCUUGACACUGUGUGAGUGA